AAAAUCAUAUGCGAUACCAAAUACACAAAGCCGGGCCUGAACAGUGCGACACAACACAUCAGCAAGUACGGAAGGAGAUUUUCUUAUAUUCAAGAUUCGAGUGGAUGAAAAUAAUGGCAGUGUACCAAGCGGUAUUGCUGGCUGCAGUCCUGGCUGUGACCAGCUGUCAGUCUCCACCGGUAGUCAACACUCCUUCAGGUCCUAUCAAGGGCAUAGUCGUUCCGACACUCGGAAAGGAUGUCGUGCAGUUCCGGAACAUUCCAUACGCUAAACCUCCCAUCGGUAAACUCCGAUUUGAGAAGACGGUUCCUAUUGAACCGUGGACUGAAACUUUAGAUGGAACAGUUUUCGGACCAUCAUGCUUACAGGAUGUCAAUGGCCUACCGGAGAUGUGGAUAAAGGCAGAAAACAAUAUAACUUCUGAAGAUUGUCUGCAACUUAACGUCUAUGUACCUGGAGCUGUAUCGAAGACGACGAAGAAGCCGGUCAUGUUCUGGCUACAUGGUGGUGGCUUUCGGUUAGGAAACAAUUGGUUCCUUGAUCCUUCGUUCUUGGUGUUCAAAGAUGUUAUAGUAGUAACCACAAAUUACCGUCUCGGAUUAUUCGGGUUCUUAAGCACAGGGGAUGCCGCUUUACCAGGUAACUAUGGCCUUUGGGACAUGAUCGAAGCAUUAAAGUGGGUAAAUAAAAACAUUGCAUCAUUUGGGGGCGAUCCUGAAUCGGUGACAAUUUUCGGAGAAUCGGCAGGAGGCUUUGCAGUAUCCUAUUUAUCAAUUAUUCCAAGUAAUGAAGGAUUAUUUCACAGAGUCAUCUCCCAGAGCGGAGUUGGAAUUGGCGAAAUUUGGAGUGUAAUGGAUCCAUUUAAGAUUGCCAAGAGAAUUGGUAGUCAUGUUGGUUGUAUCACCGAAAACGACUCGACAAUUGACAAGAACGCACUUGUAUCUUGUCUGAAGGAGAAGCCUGCAGAGGUUUUAAUUAAAGCCCAGAUCGAUCCUAGUACACUGGACUUCGGUGGAGUUGCUCCUGUUAUAUUAUGGCCAAAUAUCGAUGGGGAAUUAAUCGUUAGAAAGACUCAUGAAAGCUUAGACGAUGUAACGUCCAAAGAAUCUAUUUUCUUUAGGUCUCUUGAUGUUAUGGCAGGAACGACAGACAACGAAGCAACACUUAUACCAUUCCUACUUUAUAAAUUAGAACAGUCUAGGAAGUUAAAUUUCUCUGAAGGUAUCCCUACCGCUGUACUGUGUGAGGACUUAGCACCAGUCAUCGCUCGAGACGCGUUUAACGACGAAACAUUCGUGUCGGACUUGAUAUGCCAAGCUUACAAAGAGGACAGUCUAGAAGAACAAUCUAGGAGCAUAUGUAAUUUGUGGGCAGAUGUUGCUUUGGUUGCCCCAACUUUACAGUUUCUCGAUUUUCAUUCAAGGGGAAAGACAAAUACAAAUACAUAUCAGUAUUUGUUUACUCAAGAAAUUUCUUUUUACUACCUUUUCCCCAGUCUUCCAUGGUCAAAAGGUGCCGGUCACGCAGUAGAUCUAUUGUAUUUGUUCGGCCCAGGGACUUUUAAUCAACUUGACGAAUCUUUAGCUAGCCCAGAAGGAAGAGCAAUGACCGAAAUUCUCGUAAACUACUGGACUAACUUUGCUAAGACAGGGAAUCCAAAUGGCGACAAGCUCGUUGAGUGGAAAAAGUUUGGCUCAGGUGGACGGAACUACAUGAAUUUAAACAUGGAACCGUUUAUGGAUAAGGAUCUAUACGCAAAGCGCAUGAAGUUUCUGCUUGAGGAAAUUCCAGAUAAACUCAGGAAGAGUGUUAAAACUGAAUUGUAUGUGACAUAUUUCAUCGACAACCGCGCAAGGAUUAAUUCCUUUCCUGCAUUGAAGCCAGGGUCAUUUAAGGACGUGCCUGGGUUCGGAGGUUUAGGAAAACCGGAGCACCCGGAGAAAAACCACCGACCCACGGUCAGUACCAGGCAACUUCCCCACGCAGGUUUUGAACUCACAACCCAGAGGUUUUUUAAGAUGCAUCCCUUCCUUUGCUUGAUCUUGAUAUCCGGCUUGGUUUCAUUCACGUCAUGUCAGCCUUUCCCGACAGUCAAUACGCCUUCCGGUCCCAUCAAGGGUGUGGUCGUCCCUGCCCUCGGAAUGGAUAUCGUACAGUUCCGGAAUAUUCCGUUUGCAAAGCCUCCAGUUGGCAACCUCAGAUUUGAGAAACCACUUCCGGUAGAACCUUGGACGGAAACACUUGACGGAACUGCAUUUGGACCUUCUUGUAUGCAAGACAAACUCCUAUUUGCGGAUUUAUGGGAAAAGGCAGAAAAUGCAGAAGUAACAGAAGAUUGUUUGCAGUUAAAUGUCUAUGUUCCUGGAGAGGUUUCAGCUGAAGUUAAAAAACCGGUUAUGGUUUGGAUUUAUGGUGGUGCUUUUACAAUGGGAAGCACCUUAACAUACGACGGGUCGUUCCUGGCAUCAAAGGACGUGUUGGUAGUAACUGUCAACUACCGUCUGGGCAUAUUUGGAUUCCUAAGCACAGAGGAUGCUGCCAUGCCUGGUAACUAUGGACUCUGGGACAUGAUUGAAGCACUUAAAUGGAUUAACAAAAACAUUGCAUCAUUUGGAGGUGAUCCUGAUUCUGUGACUGUUUUUGGUGAAUCGGCCGGAGGCUUUGCUGCGUCAUACCUAGCUGUCAUGCCGAAUACUGCAGGUCUUUUUCAACGUUUCAUAUCUCAAAGUGGAUCUGCUGUAGGAUUUGUGGGAGUUGCGAAAAAUCCUGCACGAGCUGCAAAAGCUACAGGGAAAUUUGUUGGUUGUAUAGCAGACAAAGACAGUGAUAUCGACACCAGUGCACUUGCAAACUGCCUGAAGCAGAAAUCUGCUGAAGAAUUGAUGAAUGCUCAGAGGGACCCGGGAACACAAUUCUUUGGUUCUUUCUCUGUUUCACCCUUACUUUGGCCCACGAUCGACGGGGAGCUGCUUCCGAGAUCACCUUUUGACAGCCUGAGUGACCCAGCCUCGAAGGAAUCAAUUUACUUUCGAUCUUUGGACAUGAUUGCUGGAACAACAAGCAACGAGGCGUCGGUAAUUGCCAUGUUCCUAGGAUGGCUACAGGAGCCAUUGAACUUCAGUAUGACGGAAGGAAUGCCUACAGCCGUGUUAUGUGACGUCUUUGCGCCAACAUUAGCCAGAGAAAUGUUCAACGAUAAUCCAAUAGUUUCUGAUUUACUUUGUAAAGAAUAUUCCUCUGACGAUAUGGAAGAGCAAGCAAGGAAAAUCUCAAUUAUGCAUGCAGAUACUUGGUUCGUUUCACCUACAGUUCAACUUCUAGACUUCCAUGCUAAUGGUAAAUCUUCCCCGAGAACCUACCAGUACCUGUAUAACCAAAUAAUCAACUUUACCUUCAUGGUCCCAAGAUUACCUUGGAUGGAAGGAGCUGGACAUGCAACUGAGCUACUCUACAUGUUCGGUCCGACAGGUUCGAAUUCUGUAGACGAAUCGUUAUCAACUAUUGAAGGUAGAACAUUCUCAGACAUCCUCGCGAGAUACUGGACCAACUUCGCAAAAACAGGAAAUCCUAAUGAAGAUGGUUUGGUGCCUUGGAAACCGUUCAGUUCCGAAAGUCGGGACUAUAUGGAGUUGAAGUACCAACCAGUCCCACGCCAAAACCUGUACGAAAAGAGAAUGAAGUUUCUUUUGGAGGAAAUACCAAACAAAAUCAAGAAUAAUGUCAAAACCGAACUGUAAAACCAGUAUUGGUGAUGUGAGAUAGUGGUAUAUAAUAUUUGUGUGUAUGCAGGGUAUCCAUUGCGUUUAUAAGGGCACCUACUAGGCAUGUUUCAAGUGGCGCUGACCUGUCUAUAAUGACCACUUGUUGUAGUUUCCAAUAUAGCAGCACUCAAUAUACAAAAUGCAUAUAGACCUCUUCAUCAAAGACACCUACCCAUUAAGGCCAUUUACCUUCAACUGUUCCCUUCAAUUUCCAUUAUCAUCGAAUAAUAAGAAACCAUUGUUAGUCUGAAAGAAUAUUCCACAAAAGAGUUAACUCCGGGUAAACAAUAUCCAUUUGCACUCGGUCCACGCAGGUGGAUAUGCGGACAUCCUGUGGAUGUUUUCAAAAUACAGAUCAAAGUUGAGAGAUAUGUUAUUUUCUGAUAUGUCUCUUGCCCAAUUCCUAUAAUGAUGGGCUGGAGCUACCGUGUCUUGUGCAUGUAUUGAUAUGCCGAAGUGGUUUAAAUGUAUAGGUUUAAUAUUUUAUAAGACUGUUUUGUAUUCAUUGUUGUAGUGAAGUUACAUUAUUUUUAUACAUAUUUAUAGGUGUAUUCUUUUUUCAAUACAGAUAUUUCUUACAAGUUUGUCUUUGUUGUGUAACCUGCAUUAUUGUGUAUAAACGAGCGUCGUGAGAAUAUCGCUUUAAUGUGGAGAACGGUUCUAGAUCUAACAGUAAAUGGUGAUCUGCCAAUGCAUUCAUUUCAAUAAUAGAAGCUUCAUUGACAAAAAGAACAAAGCACAAUAUUUCAACGUAUUUGAAAUAAACAACCCUCUGAUGAAGACUAAACAGUCAUAUAAAAUGGCAUUACUGCAUUUACAGAAAAAAAAUCACCUUGACAAACUUUAUAAACAUAUCUAUCAUAAGCAACGAAGCAUUUGUGAGAUGCCAGAAUAAAUGAACAGCCCAAGAACCGUUGAGGUUUAAUCUGUUCAGUCAAAAACAGGGCUUACCAAUCAAAUGUCUUAAUUGGACAGAUUGAUCUUGCACGUGUUCUGCAAUAUUGAGUCAUCUGAACUUUGACCUAAGUUUGACAAUAUAUCACCAGCAGGUUUUAGUAUAAGGGACGUAGACACUGCAGUGUUUAAUUUGUCAAUAUUUGGAUAAUUAGUGUCAAUAUAUUACGCCAACGGUCCUCUUUAAGUUUUCGGACUUAUUCAAACACCGACGAAACUAUGUUCAUAAACUAAUCAGUGCUUAUGGAAGGAGGCGCGAAUAUCAUAAGUUAUAUAAUUUCUUAUCUAUUUGUGUUUUCUGCAGAAGAUAUAAAAAGAGGCGAGCAACUUAAUUUAUUCAGUCGACGCAGAAAGUCAAAACUAAACACGUUUGCUUGAUUGUAAUUGUGCAUCC